AUGAGACGUGCUCUUUUGGAAGAAACCUGGUUAGUCAACAACGAAGAUUCUGAAGAAUUCUGGCAGUACUUUUGCGGGAUUAUAGAGAGUCUAAUUGACUCCCAUUGUCCCAUAAAAAUAACAAGACCAUGUGAGCGACCGCCGUGGGUCAAUUCGACGACAAAAAAGGCCAUGAAGAAGAAACAGAGGCUGUGGAAAAAGUAUAUGCAACUUCGAGAUCCAGUAUCACUCGCCGAAUAUAAGGAUCAGCGCAAUAAAUGCCGCAAACAAAUACGGAUUGCCAGAACUUCUUUCGAGCGCCGACUGGUAGCAGAAUCCAUUACAUGUCCCAAGAAGUUUUACAAGUACAUCCCUAGUAGGAGAAAACAUAGGGACGAAAUUGCGUGUCUUAAGGAUAGCCUCGGAAACUUGCUAGUCGAAGGGCCCCAGAAAGUGCAGUUACUGUCUGAGUUUUUUCAAUCGGUUUUUACGGAGGAGUCCUCAGAAGACGAUCAGCAGUUUGAAAUGGACAGAAACAGCCGGGAUUUUCAAAUGCGCCAAGAUACUGCCGUCAUUGAAACCGUUGCCUUUUCCGUCGGAGAAGUAAGACGCGUCCUCAGUCAAAUAAAACCAGACAAGUCUCCUGGACCCGACGGAAUUCCUGGUCUGAUACUUAAGGAGCUAUCAAAGGAGCUGGCGAAGCCUCUGUCGACGCUCUUUGAGCUGUCAAUGAGAACAGGAAGGCUGCCAUCACAGUGGAAGACAGCUAACCUCGUUCCCUUACAUAAAGGCGGUAGCAGGAUGGCAGCAAGCUGUUUCAGGCCUAUUAGCCUAACCUGCCUCUCGUGCAAAACGAUGGAAGCUCUAGUAAAGAGUGCCAUACAGCAAUUUUGUGAAGAAAAUAACCUCUUGCAGGAUUUCCAGCAUGGCUUCCAGAGAGGACGUUCUUGCCUCUCAAAUCUGCUAGCUUGUCUGGAGAUCUGGACCAGGGCCCUAGAAGAGGGUUUUGAAGUUGAUGUCGUGUACAUCGAUUUUCGCAAAGCCUUCGAUACUGUCCCGCACCAACGCCUUCUUCACAAAUUAAGCGCCAUCGGCAUCCGGGGAGAUCUUCUGAACUGGAUAGGGGCGUUUCUGGUUGGUCGGAAACAACGUGUUUGCAUCGGUGAUGAUAUGUCAGAAUGGGUGAGCGUGACCAGUGGUGUGCCUCAAGGCUCAGUUCUGGGACCAUUGCUAUUCCUCCUUUAUGUUAAUGACAGCCUUCAGGAACUCGACUGUGGCAAAAUAAUGUUUGCUGACAACGUUAAGCUCUGGCAAGUCAUUAAGAGUCCUAACGACCAGAGAUCCCUCCAAAACAAUCUUCAUCGACUGCAAGCGUGGUCGGAGAAAUGGCUUCUAGACUUCAAUGUGCAGAAGUGUGCCGUCCUCCAUCUGCGUCCAACUAACUCUCAUUCAAAUCAGAGCCUGAGGACAUAUCAUCUGAAAGAUAUAAGACUCCCCGCAGAAUCUUAA